AUGGCAACAGGAGGUGGUCCCUUUGACGAAGGCAUGAAUGAUCAGGACUUGCCUAGCUGGAGCAAUGAGAGCCUUGAUGACCGGCUGAACAACACGGACUGGGGAAGUCAACAGAAGAAAGCAAACAGAUCUUCAGAAAAAAACAAGAAAAAGCUUGGUGGGGAAGCUGAAACGAGGCUUACUAAUGAUAUAUCUCCAGAAUCCUCACCUGGAAUGGGACGACGGAAGACCAGAACUCCUCAUAGUUUUCCUCAUGCUCGAUACAUGACCCAGAUGUCUGUUCCAGAGCAGGCUGAACUGGAAAGGCUUAAACAAAGAAUUAACUUCAGUGAUCUGGAUCAGAGAAGCAUUGGAAGUGAUUCUCAAGGCAGGGCAACGGCUGCUAACAACAAACGUCAACUUAAUGAAAACAAAAAACCAUUCAACUUCCUGUCACUGCAGAUAAACACUAACAAAAGCAAAGAUCCUGCCUCAAGUUCCCAAAAAAAGGAAAGUGGGGUAUCAGUGAAAUGUAAGGAGUUGUUUGGAGCUGCCCUAAGCAAGGAUUUAUUGCAAAAUUGUCAAGUCUUUGCUCAAGAAGAUGGAAGGGGAGAACCAACUAUGGAUAGUAGCCAGAUUGUGAGCAGACUAGUUCAAAUUCGCGACUAUAUUGCUAAGGCCAGCUCCAUGCGGGAUGAUCUUGUAGAGAAAAAUGAAAGAUCGGCCAAUGUUGAGCGUUUAUCACAUCUUAUAGAUCACCUUAAAGAGCAGGAGAAAUCCUAUCUGAAAUUUUUGCAAAAGAUGCUUGCUAGAGAAAAUGAGGAGGAUGAUGUUCGGACUGUAGAUUCAGCUGUGGGAUCUGGUUCUGUAGGUGAGAGCACAUCGCUAAACAUAGAUGUGCAGUCUGAGGCUUCAGAUACUACGGCCAGAGAUCCUCAACAGGAAGCUAAAGAGGAGUUGGAGAACUUGAAGAAGCAGCAUGAUUUAUUGAAAAGGAUGCUACAACAGCAGGAGCAAUUGAAAGCUCUUCAAGGAAGACAGGCAGCUCUUCUUGCUUUGCAGCAUAAAGCAGAGCAAGCGAUUGCUGUCAUGGAUGAUUCUGUUGUAACAGAGACGACAGGUAGUGUUUCAGGAGUAAGCCUUACAUCAGAACUGAAUGAAGAAUUGAAUGACUUAAUUCAGCGCUUUCACAACCAACUUCAUGAUUCUCAGACACAGUCUGUGCCAGACAAUAGAAGGCAAGCAGAAAGUCUUUCACUUACCAGAGAAAUUUCACAAAGCAGAAACUCUUCAAUGUCUGAACACCUGUCAGAUGAGAAGGCGCAGCUUUUUAACAAGAUGCGAAUGUUGCAGGGUAAAAAGCAAAAAAUGGACAAACUGUUAGGAGAACUUCAUACGCUUCAUGACCAACAUCUAAAUAACUCCUCCUUUUUUCCGGCUUCAGGAUCUCCUCAAAGGAGUAUUGAUCAAAGAAGUACAACUUCAGCUGCUUCUGGUCCUGUAGGCAUAGUAACUGUUGUCAAUGGCGAAUCAAAUAGCCUGACAUCUGCUCCCUAUCCUCCUGAUUCCCAAGUUUCUCAGAAUGAGAGUGAAGACGAUGACAAUCUAAAUCCAACAGAAAAGCUUCAGAAGCUAAAUGAAGUUCGCAAGAGGCUAAAUGAGUUACGCGAGUUAGUUCACUACUAUGAGCAAACGUCUGAUAUGAUGACAGAUGCUGUGAACGAAAACACUAAGGAAGAGGAAGAAACUGAAGAAUCAGAAAGUGAUUCUGAACAUGAGGAUCCACAGCCUGUUACAAAUAUUAGAAACCCUCAAGGAAUCAGCAGUUGGAGUGAAAUAAAUAGCAACUCAAAUGUACAGUGUGGAAAUAAUAACAGAGAUGGAAGACAUCUUAAUACAGACUGUGAAAUAAAUAACCGAUCUGCUGCUAAUAUAAGGACUCUAAAAAUGUCUUCUACUCUAGACUGUCAUAAUAGGGAGGAUGACAAAGAUACCGACCUACCCCAAGGUGAAGAUGAUGACGUGGAAGAAGAUAGAGUUAGUGAAGAUUCCAUAUCUAGUCACAGAAGCAGCCUGGGUGAUGCUGCUGGAGAUGCUGAGUUUGAGCAGAAGAUCAACAGGCUUAUAGCUGCAAAACAGAAACUUAGGCAGUUACAAAACCUUGCUGCUAUGGUGCAGGAUGAUGAUCCAGAACCUCAAGCAACAAUUGCAAAUGCAUCUAAUAUUGGUGAUUUGUUUUUGGGUGAGAUGGAAGAGACAAAGCAACAACCAAACAAUGUCCGAGCUAGUACUAACAAGUUCCAAAAAGAUGUAGGACUGAAUGAAAAAGCAAGAGAGAAGUUUUAUGAAGCUAAACUUCAGCAGCAGCAACGGGAGCUUAAGCAGUUACAAGAAGAAAGAAGAAAACUGAUUGAAAUUCAAGAAAAAAUUCAAGUGUUACAGAAAGCUUGUCCUGACCUUCAAUUGUCAGCUGGCCAGGGUAACUGCCCAGCAAAUAGGCAGACUUCACCAGCAACCUCAACUCCGGCUAUAAAUGAAUGUAACACAGCUGGCAAGCCUUUACUUGAAUUUAAUGAAUCUGUACCAGCAGGCAAUGAGUUAUGGUCUGAGAUGAGAAGACAUGAGAUUUUAAGAGAAGAAUUGCGACAGAGAAGAAAGCAACUUGAAGCUUUAAUGGCUGAACAUCAGAGGAGGAGAGAGCUCGCAGAAACAAUAUCUACUGUUGCUGCAUCUGUUAAAAGUGAAGGGUCAGAAGCUCAGCAUACUCCACAGCAGAGUAGGACUGAAAAGUAA